AUGCCCGGGUUUGCAGCCCUGCAUUUAAAGCAUGCUCUUCAAAUCCAUAUUCCUGUUAGACAAUUACUCCAUCCCUCUCUCAAUUCUCGCCCAAGCCAAUUCAAUCUCCACGUUCUCGCAACCAAAUAUGGUCGUACCCCACCGUCGCAAACCCUUUCCCAUGCGUCGCAUACAUCAAAAAUUCAGCAUAAGACGCCCUCCCUGAAAUUUAGUGAGCGGAGAGACAAUAUUUCAACUCUACCUACUGUCGAUCGAGCUGCGCAGAUGGCUGCACUAGCAAAACCAUCUUUGGCUGCUCAGGACCCAUCAAUUGAUUCCAUUGAACCAACCAUGUCCAGCCCAUUGCCCCCAAAUGCGCCAAUUCAUACUGAAAUCCCUGUUUCCAAACCGAAAUGCCUAUUAACAGAUACCCGCAAGAACUCUACCGCUGGAAUCUUUGAUCCAGAGGUCAAUGUUGACGUCCUCGCUGACAAAGAGGAGGUCAAAAAAGCGCUAUCGCGGCCUCCUCCAAUAAAUAGCGGCUAUCUACCACUACCAUGGAAAGGCCGAUUGGGAUAUGCCUGCUUAAACACCUAUCUGCGCACCUCUAAUCCCCCCAUAUUCUGCGCACGCACCUGUCGCAUCUCCUCAAUUCUCGAAAACCGCCACCCUCUCCAGGAUGCCUCGCAGCCUCCCCACCGGACGAAAAACAGGCCUGACCUGACCCAGCCGCCCGAUGUGGAGCGCGGAAUAGCAUACGUACAAGCCCUUGGUCUCGCGAAUGCGCGGGAUAUUGUAAAGAUUCUACAUUGGAAUGAGCGCUACGGCAUAAAAUUCAUGCGCCUUUCGAGUGAGAUGUUUCCGUUCGCGAGCCAUGCGGAGCAUGGAUAUAGCCUGGAACCGUUUGCGGCGGAUGUGUUGGCGGAAGUUGGGAGGGUUGCAGCAGAGUUCAAGCACCGGUUGACUGUUCAUCCAGGACAGUAUACGCAAUUAGCUUCACCGCGCUCGAGUGUGAUAGAGAACUCUGUCCGGGAUCUCGAAUACCAUGCUGAGAUGUUGCGAUUACUGAAAUUACCACCACAACAGGAUCGCGAUGCCGUCAUGAUUUUACACAUGGGCGGCGUCUUUGGCGAUAAGCAGGCUACGCUUGAUCGUUUUCGGCAAAACUAUAAGACGCUAUCAACAGAUAUUAAGAACCGCCUUGUUCUGGAAAACGACGAUGUGAGCUGGACCGUCCAUGACCUACUACCUAUCUGCGAGGAGUUGAAUAUUCCCCUCGUGCUCGAUUAUCACCAUCACAAUAUCAAUUUUGACGCGGACAAGAUCCGGGAGGGAACGUUGGGUAUCAUGAGUCUCUACAGGUGCAUAUCGGCUACGUGGUCCAGGAAAGGCAUCACACAGAAAAUGCAUUAUUCAGAACCGACUCCGGGGGCGCUUACGAAAGCGCAACGCCGCAAACAUAACUCCCGUGUGCAGAUGCUACCGCCUUGUGACCCUACCAUGGACUUGAUGAUUGAAGCUAAGGAUAAGGAGCAGGCUGUCUUUGAGCUUAUGAGAAUAUACAAGCUCCCGGGCUUUGAGAAGAUUAAUGAUAUCAUCCCUUUCACGCGAUCGGAUGAUAAUAAAGUUAAGCGCGGUGGCAAUGGGAAUGGGAAGAAGAAGGCGAUGCGGAAGAAGGCAUCUUCCACGCAGCAAAAAUCCAGUGUUGAAUUGGAUAAUGAAGAAGAAGAAGAAGAAGAAGAAGAAGAAGAAGAAGAAGAAGAAGAAGAAGAAGAAGAAGAUGAUGAUGAAAUAUUGACAACUAUCCCGGAGGAGGAGGUUGGCAUGGGCGGACCAGAAGGUCGCGUGUACUGGCCUCCCGGCAUGGAGCAGUGGUUAUAUCCAGAAAAAUGCACAACUUCUCUCGGGAUUGCAGAGGCAAUCGUGACGAAGAGCAGCGGAAGCCCCGUGCUAACUACGGCCUCUGCGCCACCACGGAAAAGAUGGAGAUCGGCUAAGGAUACUGAUACCCCAUAUGCGAAGGCUGCUGUGGAACAGCCAGCUGCGGCGAAUCGACGGAGGGCUAAGGAGACUAGUAUCAAAUCCUCUGGCGGUGAAGAGGGGACUGCCGCUCCUCUCUCUGCUGCGGAAACGCAGACUACUCGUUCGCUGAGGACGAGGAGGAAGAAGGUCGACUAA